UUUGACGACUAUAGUAACGCAAUAAUCAUUUACAUACUUUUCUUGCUAUAGUAAGCUAUCGAAAUGGGUACUAGAGAAAUUUCCAGCUUAAGUGUAGAAGAACAUAAUGAAAAACUUAUUGCCAGUCUAGAGCCUGGGGAUAUUGUGAAGUUUAGGCGUGUGCCCAUUCAUUGGCAUUUUGUUUUGUAUAUAGGUAACGGACAGGUUAACCACCUAGUUGGCCCAACACAUUUCUCAAGCAGCAAUAUGAUACGUGAAUGCGGAAUCAUAGGACAAGUUGCUUCUGAGAUCAGAGAAGAUAAAUUUAGUGUAGCAGCACUGGGUGACAAAGGUGUAAAAGUUCCGCUAGACGAAAAUAAGAAAAAAAAAGAUCAAAAGGAAAUACUUAAACUGGCAAAGAAGAAAAUAGGUCGCGCACCUUACAAUUUAUUUAAAGAUAAUUGCGAACAUCACGUCAAUGAACUGGUAUAUGAUUCAAAAGAAAGCUCUCAGGUCGAAACAGGUUUUACUAUCUUAGGUGCUAUAUUUGUUGGUCUUGGAUUUAUAUCAACUGCUUUGUUUGCGUGGAUGAAGCGUUCUAGCCGACAAAAGGCGGCUCGUGAAAUCGAAAUCGAAGAAGAUAAUUUUACAGAAAACACGCUGUCAGUAUUAUCAGAAACAGCUCAUCUAGAAGAUGACGAGAUCUUGAUGGCAAAACAAAGCUGUCGUAGUAUGCGUCAUCAGUAUCGCUAAUUGAGAUACUGAAAAACAUUCAGGAGAGCAAAAAAGAAUAAAUAAUA